UCUGAAUUUUGUCUAUAUAUACUGGGCCGGCGGGCUAGACCGAUAGUAUCCUUGCUCCAGAGUCCAGACCAUAGACCUGAACCACUCGCUAGUUAUAUCGGCAAGAAGUCAGCAAAGCUCGUCGAUUAAUGGCGGUCAAGCUCACGCUCCCAGCGCAAGCACUGCUCUCCCAGGUGGCCAAGCUGGGCUCCCUCCUCGCCCUCCUCCUUCUCGCGCUGCUGCUGCCCGCCUUCCUCAGGGUCGCCUACGGCUACCUCCUCUUCAACGGCAUCGUCCUCGCGCUCGGCAUCCAGGCCUUCGUCGGCAGCACAGCUUCCAUCGCCGACGAGUCCUCGAGUACCGAUCACGCUGUCGCGCCUGUAGGCGUGGCCGCCUCGCCGUUCCAGAGGGCUGGAUCAGUCCGUCCCGACGACCGGACGACGGUUGCGGAUGAUGAUCGUGUGGUGGUUCCUGCUUAUGUAGCGAGUAAUAUAGUCGAGCUGAAGACAAAGACCAAGGAGGUGGUGCUGAAGGUGCUGAAGAAGUGCCCGUCGACGGCGAGCAUCUUCUUCCUCAGCGCGCUGAACGGCAGCCAGGCCGGCGGAGAGGAAAAGGGACGGCAAGAGGAGCAGGAUGAUUUUCAGGUCGACCUGUUGGACGGCGACGUGACGAUGAGUCGGCAGGAGCUUUUCGCCAACACGGAGAGGUUCAUCGGCAAUUUCCGCAAGGAGCUCAGGAUGCAGAGACAGUAGCCCGUUGGAAGCUAGCAUAGAUAUUUUUGCUUACCUUUUUUUUUUCUUAGUUUUAAGUGUCAUGGUAUGUAGGAGUGUGUUUAGUGGGAUGCGUCCCAAUUAGCCCACGUCUGCAACCCAUGUUCAUAGGCUUAGGAUUUUCGGUGUGUUUAGGUUUAUGAACUUGACAUGAUCUUAAUCUUAAGGGCA